AUGUAAUGAGAUCAGAUGAGAUGUGGAGAGAAUCCAGGACUGAAUGACUAUAAAUGCAACCAAAGCUUCAAACCAACACCUCAAAUCCACCACAAGUAUACUUGUAAACCUCAUCGCUCCCUUCUUGAUCUUGUUGUUAAUCACCAAAACUGCAUUUAAUCUUUCAUCCCCAAUUCCAAAUUCAUUCAAGAUUCAUAAACAUGGCUUCUGGGAGCAAAGCAAGUUCUGGGUUUCACCCACAACAAGUUCAACCUCAAAACCCUUCUACAUCAUCAACGCCUAGGGUUGAUUCAAUGAGUAAAGCCAUUGCACAAUACGCAGUCGAUGCUAGAUUACACGCUGUUUAUGAAGAAUCCGGUGAAUCUGGUAAGUCUUUUGAUUACUCACACUCAAUCAAAACAGCCACCGAUUCAAUCGCUGAACAACAAAUGACUGCUUAUCUAUCCAAAAUUCAAAGAGGUGGUCACAUUCAACCCUUUGGUUGUAUGAUUGCUAUCGAUAAUUCUAGUUUUAGAGUAAUUGCGUUCAGUGAAAAUGCUAGAGAACGAUUAGGUUUAGCACCACAAUCCGUUCCUAGUCUGGAAAAAACCGAAAUUUUAACAAUUGGAACUGAUGUCAAAACCCUUUUCACCCCUUCGAGUGCUAUAUUGCUGGAAAGGGCUUUCCGGGCUCGCGAAAUUACCCUCUUAAACCCUGUCUGGGUUCACUCCAAGAAUUCCGGUAAACCAUUUUACGCGAUUCUGCACAGAAUCGAUGUUGGUAUAGUUAUCGAUUUGGAACCUGCUAGAACCGAGGAUCCUGCUUUAUCAAUUGCUGGGGCUGUUCAAUCUCAGAAGCUCGCUGUUCGAGCCAUUUCAAAUUUACAGGCGUUGCCAGGUGGCGAUAUUAAGCUUCUGUGUGACACCGUUGUACAAAACGUGAGAGAGCUCACUGGUUACGAUCGUGUAAUGGUCUACAAGUUUCACGAAGAUGAACAUGGUGAAGUGGUGGCGGAAUGCAAGAGGCCUGAUUUGGAUCCUUAUCUCGGGUUACAUUAUCCCGCAACUGAUAUCCCACAGGCUUCAAGAUUCUUGUUUAGGCAGAAUCGUGUCAGAAUGAUAGUUGAUUGUCACGCUAACCCUGUUCCUGUAAUCCAAGACGAUUGUUUGAUGCAGCCUUUGUGUUUAGUAGGGUCCACCCUUCGGGCCCCUCAUGGUUGCCAUGCUCAAUACAUGGCUAACAUGGGUUCAAUAGCUUCAUUAGCUUUGGCAGUAAUCAUCAAUGGAAACGAAGAUUCCGGAGGUGGGAGAGGGACAAUGGGGCUAUGGGGGUUAGUAGUUUGUCACCAUACAUCGGCACGAUGCAUUCCGUUUCCAUUACGUUACGCGUGUGAAUUCUUGAUGCAAGCUUUUGGACUCCAACUAAACUUGGAAUUACAAUUAGCUUCUCAAAUGUUGGAAAAACGGAUUCUAAGAACACAAACUUUGUUAUGUGAUAUGCUCCUACGUGAUUCCCCUACCGGAAUCGUGACUCAAAGUCCAAGCAUCAUGGAUCUUGUGAAAUGUGAUGGUGCUGCUCUUUUUUACCAAGGAAAGUACUAUGCGGCCGGAAUCACACCAACGGAAUCACAAAUCAAAGAUAUAGUGGAAUGGCUAUUGGCAUGUCAUACCGAUUCCACCGGUUUAAGCACCGAUUCAUUAGCGGAUGCCGGUUACCCUCAAGCUGCUUCACUUGGUGAUGUGGUUUGUGGGAUGGCAGUUGCUUAUAUAACUUCAAAAGAUUUCUUGUUUUGGUUCCGGUCCCACACUGCAAAAGAGAUGAAAUGGGGUGGAGCUAAACAUCAUCCGGAAGAUAAAGAUGAUGGGCAACGAAUGCAUCCACGUUCUUCAUUCAACGCGUUUCUUGAAGUUGUGAAGAGUAGAAGCUUGCCAUGGGAGAAUGCUGAAAUGGAUGCAAUCCAUUCUUUACAACUUAUUUUAAGAGAUUCGUUUAAAGAAGAACGUGAUUCCAAUUCCAAAGCUGUAGUCAAGAUUCAAAGUGAGGAAAUGGGGUUGCAGGGAAUGGAUGAACUUAGUUCGGUUGCAAAAGAAAUGGUUCGAUUGAUUGAAACUGCAACUGCUCCCAUAUUUGCUGUUGAUGUUGAAGGAAGAAUAAACGGAUGGAAUGCAAAGAUUGCAGAGUUGACUGGUCUUUCGGUUAGUGAAGCUAUGGGGAAAUCAUUGGUUCAAGAUCUCAUUUUUAAAGAGUCACAAGAAAUCGUCAUCAGGCUUCUUCAUCAUGCUUUACAAGGUGAAGAAGACAAGAACGUGGAGAUCAAACUCCGAACAUUCAAUUUAUCAGAAGAAGAAAACGCGAUAUUUGUAGUGGUGAAUGCUUGUUGUAGCAAAGACUAUACAGACAACAUCGUUGGAGUUUGUUUCGUGGGUCAAGAUGUAACGAGACAAAAAGUCGUAAUGGACAAAUUCGUCCAAAUUCAAGGCGAUUAUCGGGCCAUUGUACAUAGUCCAAAUCCCUUAAUCCCACCCAUCUUUGCAUCCGAUGAAAACACAUGUUGCUCAGAAUGGAACACCGCUAUGGAAAAACUCACAGGGUGGGGGAGAGAUGAUGUCAUCGGGAAAAUGUUGGUUGGGGAGAUUUUUGGAAGUUGUUGUCGCCUAAAGGGUCCGGAUUCUUUAACAAAAUUCAUGAUCAUUUUGCAUAAUGCAAUUAGUGGACAAGAUAGCGAUAAGUAUCCGUUUUCAUUCUUUGAUCGACGUGGGAAAUUUGUUCAAGCUUUGUUGUCCGCAAACAAAAGGGUAAAUUUGUCCGGUGGUGAUGCUACAGGGGCGUUUUGUUUCUUGCAAAUCGCAAGCCCCGAGCUACAACAAGCUUUAAAGAUACAAAGACAACAAGAGAACAAAUGUUUUGCAAGAAUGAAAGAAUUAGCGUAUAUUUGUCAUGAAAUCAAGAGUCCAUUAAGUGGGAUUCGCUUUGCUAAUUUGCUUCUUGAAGCUACGGAUUUGUCCGAAGAUCAAAAGCAGUUGUUGGAAACCAGCGCAGCUUGUGAGAAACAAAUGUUGAAGAUUAUAAAAGAUGUUGAUAUGGAGAACAUUCAAGAAGGACAUUUGGAGGUUGAAAAGCGGGAGUUUGUGGUUGGGAGUGUGAUCGAUGCGGUGGUUAGCCAAGUGAUGUUGAUAUUGAGGGAUCGAGGGGUGCAAUUGAUUCGGGAUAUUCCGGAAGAAGUCAAAACGUUGACUGUUUGUGGUGAUCAAACUAGGGUUCAACAAGUGUUGACUAAUUUCUUGUUGAAUAUGGUUCAACAUUCGCCUUCGCCUAAUGGUUGGGUUGAAAUUCAGGUUCGACCCAGUUUGAAGCAGGUUUUUGAUGGAAUCACCAAUGCCCAUAUUGAGUUUAGGAUGGUGUGCCCGGGAAACGGUCUUCCAGCUGAGCUGGUUCAAGACAUGUUUCAGAGCAGUCAGUGGAGCACAGAGGAAGGUUUAGGAUUAAGCAUGUGUAGGAAGAUCUUAAAGCUAAUGAAUGGAGAGGUUCAAUAUAUAAGAGAAUCUGAAAGGUGUUAUUUCCAUAUUGUGAUUGAACUCCCUCUUCCUCGUGGAACAUGAAAAUGGUGGACCCGGAUAAUAAAAAGGACAUUUGUGGUGUUGUGUUAACUGUUUUAUUAUGACUUUAAGAGAUUAACGGGUUAUUUUUUAGUGUGAAUUACUCCAAAGGAGUGGGAUCGAUGGUAUUGUUAGAGAGUAUAUGUAUUUGUGGUGUUAUAUAGGAAUGAGAUUCUGGUCUGGUUAAUAUAUUAAUUGAAAAAAUGUAUUACUUGUA